AACCUCAUCUACUUGGAGUACGUACGCACUACACGCAGUGCUCUCUCUGAAGCUAAGCUACCUCAUCAAUUUCCAACUGUGAAGAAAAGAUCAAGGAAAAAUAAUGGAAGAGGGUGCUAGCUCAUUAUCUCAAUCUCGUGCUUUUUAUGCUCCUCUCCUUCAAGCUGCCCUAGAAGAUGACUGGAAAACUGCUGAAGCUUUUAUCCAGAAAAAUCCAAACUGCCUUGGAGCCCAAAUAACAAAACAGGAAGGCACAGCUCUUCACAAUGCUGCAGCUGUAAAAAACACCCGUUUUGUAAAAGAACUCGUGAAACGGAUGACACCGGAACAAUUAGAAUUGAAAAUCAAACCAAGCAACUGCACGGCCCUUUACUUUGCCGCUCAAUCAGAAAUCGUAACAAUUGCAGAGGUGAUGGUGAAAAAGAACAAAUGUCUGCCAUUGAUCCCCAUGGAUGACAUCGAAUUUUUACCACUUUACGCGGCAAUAAAGACUGGAAAUAGAGACAUGGUGUCGUAUUUAUACUCUGUGACUCCUAUUCAAGACUUGGCUUCUCUGGAUCACAUUAAUCUCCUUAACGCUGCUAUUUCCACCGAUUUGUAUGAUACGGCACACAAAAUUCUGGACAUUCUAAAGCCAGCACUUGUAGAGCAGGAAUAUCUUUGGCUUUCAUUGGAGAUGUUGGCUGAAAUGCCUUCGAGAAUUGGCAUCAAAAGUCAGCCAUCAGUAUGGGAAAGAUGCUUAAACUCCUGUUUCAGAGGUCGGUUAUGCAACAAAGCUUUGAUGCAAGCAUCAGCCCAUCACUUAGUUGAUCGCCUUUGGAAACAGCUAAUCGAAGACAACACAUAUUUCUCGCCAACUGCGGUUGGUUAUGACCAGCAUAUGAUGAAACUAGUUGUUGAAGCUGCAAAAGUAGGGAACGUUGAAUUUAUAAUUAUACUUAUACGCUCUUAUCCCGAUCUCAUAUGGCAAGUUGACAAGGAAUAUGGAAGUUUAUUUCACGUUGCUAUUAAACAUCGACAAGAGCGUGUUUUUAAUUUAAUAUAUGAGAUAGGUGUUGCGAAGGUCAACCUUGCGACCUAUUAUGCCGAAGGGGGAAACAACAUGCUGCACUUAGCUGGACAAUUGCCUUCUUCGGAUCGACUGAAUAUCGUCCCAGGAGCGGCCCUUCAAAUGCAACGAGAGUUGUUGUGGUUUCAACAGGAGAUAGAAAAGAUCGUACCGAAGUCAUUAACGAACAAGAAGAAUGAAAAUGGAGAAACACCCAGAGAUAUAUUUGCGAGGACCCAUGAAGAACUACAGAAGAAUGGUGAAAAGUGGAUGAAAAACACGGCAAACUCUUGCAUGGUCGUGGCAGCACUAAUUGCCACUGUGGUUUUCCCAGCUGCCUUCACAAUACCGGGUGGCAACAAUCAAGAAACAGGCAUUCCUAUCUUUCUGGAAACCAAAUGGUUUACGUUAUUUCUCGUAUCAGAUGCAGUAGCCAUGUUAUUCUCUUCGUCUUCGAUAUUAGUUUUCUUGACAAUUCUCACGUCACGCUAUACCGAAAAGGAUUUCCUUAAAUCAUUACCUCGUAGGUUGGCAUUGGGACUCGCUACACUUUUAAUUUCAAUAGUAGGCAUGCUGAUAGCCUUCAGUGCAGCCUGUUUUUUGGUCUUUAAAAGCAAAGCAAGUGUUCCGAUCCGAAUAAUUGUUGCGGCGCCCAUUGUUCCAAUUAGUUUGUUUGUUAUCCUACAUUAUGGCCUUUGGUUUGAUAUAUUCUGCUCAGCAUUCUGUUCAAAUCGGUUCCUUUUCCGGUCUCAGAAUAGGCUUUUCAAUCCAAGCUGCCAGCAACGUCGCUUGCUACGUAAAUUAAGAAUGACAAUCAAGCCGGACAUAAUGAAAGAACUCAGGUUCCUGAUCGGGCCGAAAAAAAGGAGUCCGAUUGAAACGUCCUACAACCAGUCAUGCAAGUCCUCAGUGUGAAAUUUGACGAAAGUAUGAUCAAGGUUUCAGUAUGAUCUUCAUUAAUUAGCUUGGAAUAAUGUUGAAAGCUGCUACUUUUUAUUAAUUAGGACUCUCGAAACUCUAUUGUAAGAUGGUUCUAUGAUGAUUGUCGUUCUGUAUGUAUUGUUGAAUAUUCUGACGUUUGUCAUAUAUAUAUUUUAUGUAAUUUUU